GCUCAUCUAAACAAAUCCGACUGAUAUUUUCAGUUCAGAUUCUUAUAGCGAAAAGAAAUGAUGCUUUUAUAAAGUGUCCAACUUUUAAUAUAAAAGUAAAUGAUGGUGAAUUCUGCCAGCAGUUUAAUUCUGAACUAGAAGCGCUUGUUUCAAGGUUGGAAAACGUUGCAACAAAAUUGGAAAACAUUUGCUUACCAUUUCAAAAAUAUACGAGAGAAAAUUCUAGUCAAGUUUCCCAACCUAUAACUUCCAGUGAAAUAACAAUUUCUGGUACAGUUAUACAGGACAGUGAGAGCAUUACAAUGAGUGUGCAAGGAUUUCAGAACAUCAUUCAAGGACCUCUGGCUCAUUACUUAAACAUUUCCCUACAAAUAGGUGGAGAUGUUGCUGAACAAAGCAAAUAUGUGAAGAAUGCCUUUGAUGCCCAGUUUCAAUACCUUGUCUUUGCUAGUCAAAAUAGGCAACCAGCUCAAGCUGACCAGAUUGCCUUUCUUCAGCCAACAAGUCAACAAAUUUCUAAUAUCCAGGAUUAUCGUGAAAAGCAUCGUACUUCACCAUUUUUCAAUCAUCUGUCUGCUAUAAGUGAAAGUAUUCCUGCCUUAGGAUGGGUCACUAUUAGUCCAGCUCCAGCCCCAUACAUUAAGGAAAUGAAUGAUGCUGGCCAAUUCUAUACCAACAGAGUUCUGAAGGAUUGGAAAGAGAAAGAUAAGAGGCAUGUCGAUUGGGUUAAAGCUUGGAUUGAAACUCUCACUGAAUUACAAAGCUUUGUGAAGCAGUAUCAUACUACAGGUUUAGUUUGGUCUGGUAAAGGUUCUGCUCCCACAAGUGGUGGUUCUAUUCCACCUCCACCUCCACCUGGAUGCCCACCACCACCAAGCUUUGAAAACUUUCACAUAUCUGACGAUCCUGGAGUUGAUCGUUCUGCUCUCUUUGCAGAAAUUAAUCAGGGUGAAAAUAUCACCAGAGGUUUGAAGAAGGUGACAUCUGAAAUGCAGACUCAUAAGAACCCAACUCUUCGUCAAGGUCCUGUUCCUUUCAAGCCACCAACGAAUGUGUCCCCUGUUGGUUCUAAGCCUGCUGCAACAGUUAAUAAGUCUCCAGUAUUUGCUAGAGAUGGCAAAAAGUGGCUAAUUGAGUACCAGAAGAAUAAUCAUGGUUUAGUAGUUGAUAAUGUUGAAAUGAACAAUGUUGUGUAUUUGUUCAAAUGCGAGAACUCAACUGUAACCGUCAAAGGCAAACUUAAUUCAAUUACAUUGGACUCUUGCAAGAAAACGUCUAUUGUUUUUGACACACUUGUCUCUUCUUUGGAGUUCAUUAAUUGUCAAUCUGUGCAAAUGCAGGUAUUUGGUAAAGUUGCGACAAUUUCUAUUGAUAAAACUGAUGGCUGCCAAAUGUACUUAAGCAACAGUUCUUUAGAUGUCGAAAUAAUAAGUUCCAAGUCUUCGGAAAUGAAUGUUUUAGUUCCUAAGGGUAACGGUGAUUAUUCGGAAUAUCCCAUCCCUGAGCAAUACAAGACUACCAUAGUACCAGGCAAGGGAUUAAGCACCAUCAUAAUUGAAAGCAAGGGCUAAUUAAAUUGAUUUGAACGUUUUUUUUUCUUCAUCUAAUAAUUUAAGUGUUUCCUUAAUUUAAAAGUUUUUGUACGAAUAUUAACGUGUAUUUAUGACUGUUUCACUUUAAAUAAACUUAUUUUAAAAUCCACAA